AUGAACAAAGAUGAACAAAAAAGAUUUGCAUUAACCUUACACUUGUAUAGUGGUAAAGGUUACCAAUUUUUAAAAUCGCAAGGCUUGCAUUUGCCACAUAAGCGAACAUUAUCAAGGUGGCUGGAAUCAGUAGAUGGAGAGCCAGGCCUCAAUCGGGCUAUGUUAACUUUUCUAGAAAAAAAACCGGAUGCCAAACGAUGGGUCUUGAGAUCCUCUCUGAACUUCGCAAGUGAUGGAGAAGUAGCCAGAGAAGUAGGUAGAGAGUUCCAGAGAAAAGGACCAGAAAAAGCAAAAGCAGAUUUGGCAAAAGAGUGUUUAACACGAGUUAAGAAGCGAGAACAAGAAGACGAUCGUAAACCAGGGCGUUUAGAAGAAAACCAAGAUAGACAAGAAUCAGUAAUAUUAAAAGAAAGAUGCAGCAGUCUCAAGAGAAUAGUAUGGUCAAGAGUAUCACAAGCUGAAGAAAAGUCAAGAACAAGAAGAAGAAGCAGAGUGAGGGAUAACAGUGCAACUUGCAAUUUUGGAAAUUAG